UUCGGCUAAUCGGAGAUGAACGAAAACAAGCGUAUAGGUAGGAGACGAUAUCUUCGCUGAUCGAUCAGGCUGUCUACAUUCGUCGGCAAAUUAUUAGGUCUGAGCCUGGACUGAAGACACCACCUAAACCAUCACUCUUCAGGCUAUGCUCGUACAACUUAUAUGCUUAUGUCUGGUGGCUGGAGUGGUGGUUCACAGCCAAGCUGUACUCCCAGAAUCAACAAGUCGAGCCCCACCUAAUGAUACAUCAUGGACCAACUGCACGACUGCCGCAAUAGAGCAGUUCCCCAGGCCUCUCAUGAACUACGAACUGCGACGGAGUGGUGGCCUAGUGGUCCACAUCGUCGUUUCUAUCUACAUGUUUACAGCGCUGUCGCUGAUUUGCGAAGACUAUUUCGUACCUUCUCUAGAGGUUAUCUGCGAUGUAAUGAACAUAGAUCCAGACGUUGCUGGCGCGACCUUAAUGGCAGCUGCUAGCUCAGUACCGGCUAUCGCAGCUUCCAUUAUUGCCAUAUUGGUCGCCAAGGGUGAUUUGGGAAUAAGCACCACCUUGGGAUCGGCCGUACUCAAUGCAGCAGGAGUCAUCAGCGUCAGCGCUCUGUUUGCAGGAAAAGUGGUACUGCUGCACAAGUGGCCCAUGUACAGAGAUAGCGUCUUUUUCCUCGCUUCCGUGGUCAUCAUGCUCGUGGCCAUGUACGACGAAGUCGUGACAUGGUCAGAAGCCACUGCGCUCCUGGUCGCUUAUGCUGUGUACGCUGUCUUUAUGGCUUUCGACGCCAAGAUCGAAAGCUUCUUCAUGCGCUUCAAGUUCCUCCGUGAUGAGGUUCAAGACCCAAGCUGGAUAUUUCCCCCACCUGCCGUAAUACAAGCUGACAAUAGCGAACCUGUGCCAAUGGCUGUACUACCCGUGCCAUUCGAUGGCCUUUGCAACAAAGCUUUUACGUCAGAUGAUAACUGUGGAGCCGAGAUCAGAGCGUCAACGGCGUCUCUUCCGCACAUUCGACGUUUCUCAGAAAUGCAUCGACGAAGAAUAUCCUUGAUAUCUAUGCGAAGAACCAGCUGCAUAAGCGAGCAGAUUCCCCGUUCCGCCCUGAAGUCAAGCAACCUGGUGCUAAGCGCGCAAGAACUUGCAGCACUUGAGCAGCUGAUAAGCGAAGCGAAACAGCGAUCUAUGUCUACCCUAACGCCACCAAAAGGAACGUGGUUGAAACUUGCCUGGAUCCUCGUGUUACCCAUCAGCGUUAUAUUUCAUUUUACUAUCCCUGACUGCAAAACUAAGCGAUGGCGAAAAUGGUUCCUAUUGACUUUCGUUAUCAGCACUAUUUACAUUUCAAUUUUCUCCUAUAUUUUGGUGUGGAUGAUCACAAUAAUUGGUUUCACGCUCAAUAUAUCGGACACUGUGAUGGGUCUCACUUUUCUCUCGAUCGGCGUCACCCUGCCUGACGUCAUAGCAAGCUUGCUGGUGGUCAGAAAAGGAUUCGGUGACAUGGCCGUCUGUAAUGCUUUGGGAAGCAAUAUCUUCGAGAUUCUAGUAGGCCUCGGCCUUCCAUGGCUCAUCAAGACAGCUAUAAUGGUUCCCGGGUCCGUCGCCAUUGUCGAAAGCAAAGGGCUGGUGUACUCGACGGGCUGCCUCCUUUCCACAGUGUUCUUUCUUGUUCUCGUCACUCAUCUCAACAAGUGGAAGAUGAACAAACUGUAUGGUACCAUACUUAUGCUUUGGUAUUUUGCAUUCAUGGCCGUUGCCAGCCUUUACGAACUCAACGUUUUUGGAAACUUCAAUCCUCCCUCUUGCGACAGCGAUUUUUGAAGUGUUUUUCUCUUCACCUGUAUAUAUCACAAGAACUUUCUAAGAAUUAUUGUGUCGUUUUCUAGAACCAUUAGUAGACUUAUGAGAACUGACCAACGCCACAAUGCUAUCCAGCCCCAAUGUUCACCACUCACUGCACAUCUAAUCAUGAGGAAGCUCUGCAGGAUCUUACCAAACACCGAAGAUGAAUAUAACAACUACCACUCCCCUUCCAUUCGGCCCAAGAUUAACUGGGUUGCGGGGGGAUGGAUGUUGACGAUUACUACAAAAUGAAAAGUUUUGCCUUGUUACGCACAAUCAAAACAUUACGAGCUCAGCAUGUAUGAUUGCAGAAUAAAGUGCAACUUGAUUGGA